AUGUCGUAUCCAAUUCAACAAUAUAUUCCAAACAACGACGCUCUCUAUGAUCCACAAUUUGACAACGCUCUUCUCGGCGUUAAUAAUGGUGGUGGUAUGUUGGGUUCAUUUUUUGGUCUUGCAAAUCGAAUGAUGAAUGAAAUGUUACAUAGUGGUCCUAAUAUUGGUGGUAUUUCAACAUUUCUCAGUUCGAAUUCUAAUGAUCCAAAUGUAAAAGUAUUUGGUGUAAGUUCAAUGAAUGUUACACAAAUGUCACGUGGACCAGAUGGUCGUCCACAUGUACUUCAAGCUCAAGAUGAACGUCGUAUGGGACCAGGUGGAGUUUGGCAAACAAAAAAAGCUUUACGUGAUCCAGAUCGUGGUAUUGAUAAAAUGCAAGUUGGAUAUUUUAUUGGUGAUAAUGGUGAAAUUAUUGAACGUCAAUUAGAUCCAAAUAGUGGACAAUAUCGACAAGAUAUAAAACGUCGUGGAAUUCCUUCAAACGAUCCAAAUUUUUCAAAUCAAUGGAGAAUACAAGCACAACAAGCUAUGCAACGACCACGUCCUUUACCAUCACAACAACAACAAUUACCUCCAUCUUAUCAACAAUAUCCACCACAAGCUUUACCACCAUCAGGCCCUUCCUAUCAAUAUUAUUAA